AUGACACUAUCUGUUGAAGCAAAGAGCAUACAAAAUUCUGGGAUUCGAGCCCAAGAAAGGACCAGACAUUUGUCAGGCUCUAAUCCUUAUGCUCAGUGCAGCUAUGAGAAGAGAGACCCAGAAACUGGUGAAGAGCCCAAUGAUAUGGAACUUUGGUUUAUAACUCACACAAAUGAUAGGCACCGGAAAGACCAAGAAUCUAGGGAUGUCUACGACAAAGCAAGCAGCCUUAUUACUGAGGCGGAAUCAAAUGCAGAGGAAAACUUCAUUACCCAAAAGGAAAAGAACGAGAUUUUCCAGAAGGCAUACAAGGCAGUCACAGAGUGCAAAUCAACCAAGUUGCAUGGUAAUGGGUACCUGGCAAAAAACCCAACUAGAAGGCAGCUGCUGAAUGCGGAUCGUCAGGAACAAAUUCAUAGGAAGGAGCAACAGCAUCAGGAACACGUCGAGCUCAUGGAAUCAUUUGGGCAGCUACAACAACAAAUGUCAACAUGGGAAGCUGACAGGGAAGCCGAAAGGAGAGAACAUGCACGACAAAUUGAAGAAAUUAACAUGGCUAGGGAGGCUGAUAAAGAAGAGCUUAGGCGAGAGUUCCUAUCAAUGAUGCAAGCAGCAAAUGGACAGGCACCAUCUCAGCAGGAGAAGCCUCAAAGCCACCCAGAGCAAUCUGAAGUCGGUGGUAAACCAAAGGCAGCUAGCAUUCGCACUACAAGAAGUAGUAAAGCUAGUGAAACACAUUCCGUCCUGCCCGCGGCAUACGUUUCAUCACAACAGCUACAGGAAAAAGCUGCAAAUAGGAGACGACAAAACGCCAAGAAGACAGGAGGAAACUAAGCCAUUUCGAAUGUAGCAAAUAGGUGAUGGGACCUUCUUGAAGUCACUCUUUGCUAAUCAAGUGAUGGGAUCGUCUUGA